ACUCAUAACUCAAAUAAAACGUGUUCAUCAGUAGUUGUUUUUGUGUGUGUGAAUGUCCACAAAACUGGAAGACUAAGAUACUCCACCUAAUUUCUCAGGUACAUUUCUUAGAAAAAGAAACUCGAACACACAACUUAAAAGACACACUUAAUUUGAAACAGGAUUGGCAUAACAUGAAUUAAAAACAAAACAAAACUCAUCCUGUAAUAUAAUUCGUUGUGUGGACAAUCCAGAAUCAUCAGUCAGUGAUUAAUUUCCCUCACUCUGCUCCACCUGAGCAUAAGCUCAUCCCCUUUUUCUUCUUUUAACUUCAUUCAGCCAGGGCAACUAGUCAAACAGGCGUUUGUGCUUGCUCUCAGAUGUACUUGGAAAAGCGGAAGUAACAAUUCAGUUUUAGUUACAUUAACCAUCUUGAACAUCAGGGCCAUUACAUGAAUCAAAGACAAACCAACAAUGAGUGAGUAUAACACAAAAAGUGUCUGUAUAUAUUGUAAUGUUUAUUGGUUUGUCAGACUCCCUGUCUGAUUAAUUUCUAUAAUUUUAGAGCACGAUCGCAAAUGUGGCAGUCGAUGCCUGGGUCCUAUGACUUUCAAUAAGGACCUGACAGGCCAAUACGUGACCCUCAGACAAAAAGGACAACUCGCGUCCAGAGACACCUCAUCCUUUAUGAACGGUUUGGCAUUUCUCAGCCGCACUGUAGAGGUUGCUGAAAAGCUGUGUAUACGUAUUGAGAACCGCACCUCAUUGUGGGAUGGAGCUCUUCAUGUGGGUUUCACCAACAUCUGCCCACAGAAAAACGGUGUACCACCUGCCUCAGUACCACACCUCAGGGACACACGAGGAUACUGUGUUGUGCCAGUACCUGAGGACUUGUGUAGGUGUGGUGUACAGCUUCAGUUCUGGAUAAACUAUGCAGGCAUGGUUAUUGUUCAAAAGAUAGGUGGGGAGAAAUAUUACCUCAAAGCAGAAAGACUGAACCUGAAUAAUCCGCUGUGGGUGUUCAUUGAUCUGUACGGGAGCACAAGCGCUGUCCGCCUUCUGAGAUCAAGGAGGGGCAGUCAAACAUCAUGCCCGGACCGUCCUGUAGACAGUACAUCUGGCAUCAACUUGCUAGCGAGAGCGGUUGAGCGACAAACAUCAGAGAUGAACACUCACACAUUAUCACGAUCACAUUCUCCUCCACCUGUUCCUGCACAACAGAGGCACCGGUUGACUUCAACAAGCAGUAUUCUUUCAGAUUUAAGCCCAAACUCUUCAAUGGAGGACAUGGACUUUAUCUCUUUGCUCAGAGAGUUUCAGCACAUGCAUCUCAGUGGCAGCGAGCACGUUUCAGUAUUGGUUUCUCGUAACAAGGUGCUGCAGAGUGCUAAAGAUUCUGUUUCCAACUCUAAUUUUCCUUGGACCAAAAUCCCUCUCGUGACAUUUGUUGGUGAGGAAGCCCUUGACUGUGGAGGUCCAAGGAGAGAGUUUUUCAGAAUCCUGAUGAUGGAGGUGCAGAGAUCGCUGGGCAUCUUUGAGGGGCAGCCUGGACACCUUUUCUUCACCUAUGACCAGAUGGCACUGGAAGAACAUAAGUAUGAGUUGGCGGGGAAGCUGAUUGCGUGGUCGGUGGCUCAUGGUGGGCCAGGACUCAAAUCUCUUGACCCCUGCCUGUACCAGCUGAUGUCCACCCAGGAAUGUCAGCUGGUAGACUUUGACUGGCACCUAAUACCAGAUGCUGACAUUCAGGACAAACUACAAAAGAUUUCCUCAUGCAAAACGAGGGCAGAUCUCCAGAGGCUGCAGACAGAGCAGGGUGACUGGAUCUGUGAAUGUGGUUUCCCUGGAAUAUACAGACGUGAAACUUCCAUUAGAGAUGUGCCAAAGAUUUACUCCUUUGCAGUUCGGCACUACAUAUAUCUGAGAACAUUAAAUAUGAUUCAUCAGUUCACAAAGGGACUGAAUGCUUAUGGACAGUUCUGGGAUAUGGUAAGAACUCAUUGGGUUGAGUUUCUACCCAUCUUUACCAACAUGCAUGAGCCCCUUUCCAGAGGCACAUUUAGAGACCUGUUCCAAAUCCACUGGAGUAAAUCAGGGACCAAGAAGAGGGAGGCAGAGGAGCAGACUAUACACUGCUGGGAACUGGUACUCAAGAUGAUUGAAGAUAAAAUACCAAAAGCUCCACACAACGAGUUGCAUUUUGAGGAGAUUUUGGCUUUCAUAACUGGAGCGGAUGAGGUCCCACCACUUGGGUUUUCCCAGAAGCCCAGCAUUCACUUCUAUCAACCAGAGCAGCGUGGAUGCCGUCUACCGUUUGCCAACACAUGCAUGAUGGGAUUGUUCCUGCCCAGGGUUGUAAAAGAUGAAGUGCAACUUUACAGGAUGAUCCUGAGGGCAAUUAGGGACUCAGCUGUUUUUGGGAGAACGUAAACAUAUAUAAUUAAUUAUUAUAAUGUGCACAGUCAUAUCCGUAAUUAAUUACAUUUAUAAGCUUAAUUUCAUUAUUUAAAAAGAAAGCACUUAUGCACUUAUUACAUAUAGGCCUAAAUGUUUAGCAUUCUAUGCCAGAUAUUUUUUAUAUAUAUAUUUCUACUAUAAAAAGACAUUAUGAAUAUUUUCAUAUAGCUGUCAGUCAUGUCUUGAAUAAAGAAACAAUCUGAGUGUUAUUUUGGGGAGGAGCAAAGAUGGUUUCAUACGAUGUCAAUAUUGGUAUAAUAAAACCAUAAUAGCCAAACACAUCAAAACAUAUUUUCCUGAAUUUCCUUCCUUAAUUAACUUUAUAUAUUCCUGGUAACUUUCUUUUAGUUGACUGCAUAUUAGUCACGUGUUACAUUACAUUUACGACUGUUUGCAGAUCGAAGAUAAUAGGAAUGUAAACCUGUUUAACCUGGCAGACCUACGCAGUA